AUGGAGCAGCAGCAGGAGCAGCAGCCGCAGCUGCAGCAGCAGCAGCAGCAACCCCAACAGCAGCAACAACAGCAGCAGCAGCCCCAACAACAGCAACAACAGCAACAUCAACCGCAGCAGCAGCUGCUGCAGCAAGCCAUCGAAGACAUACACCGCGCCGAGUUUGUAGCUGUAGAUCUGGAGUUUACGGGUUUGCUAUUAGAGCAGCGCAGCAGGGCGGUGACGUUGGAUAAAUAUUAUGACGAAUGUUAUAAGGCGGUGCAGCAAUUCCUUGCACCACAAAUAGGGAUUUGUUGCGCAAGAAGGGAUGAGAAAAAUAAAAACAAAUGGAUCCUCCAACCCUACACAUUCGAUGCUCAUCCUCGUCGAGGACGGAGCAUAUUUUCUGUGGAUUUGAAGGCUUUGCGUUUCCUCCAAAGAAAUGGUUUUGACUUUAAUAAGUGGAUCGCCUCAGGCCUUGACUACGAGCGACUCUGCGAAGUGCAGCAGCAGCAGCACGAGAGAGAAGCCAUAGAGGCAAUGCAUCAGCAGAUACGGCAGCACCAGCAGCAGCAGCAGCAGAAGCAGCAGCAGCACCAGCUAGAUCUAAGUAGUCGUAAAAGGAAAUCCAGGGAUCCUGGCGACCAGGAAAAAUCAGGGACACCUGACAGCAGCAACAGCAGCAGCAGCAGCAGCAGCGAAGACGAGGCAAACACACAAGGGAGCAACAAAUCACAGCAUAAAGGAGCAGCAACAGCAGUAGCAGAAGCAGCACCAGCAGCAGCAGCAGCAACCGCUGCUGCUGCACCUAAGCCGUCCGUCGAUGGCCAGCAGCGUGUGUGGGCAGUGCCUGCAGCAGGUCCUGUGUGGGCAAAUUCCUUUUUAUGCAACAGCAGCAACAGCAGCAGCAGCAACAGCAGCAGCAGCAGCGCGGGUUUAUCGCAGCUAGCUGGUGCAUUAAUAGAGGCAGAAACACCAAUUGUGCUGCACAACGGUCUGUUAGAUUUGUUGCAUUUAAUUCAUAAAUUUGUUCAGGAUAUACCUACAUCUAUUCAUGGAUUUGCUAAAGAAAUAUCCAGACUCUUUACUGGCGGUGUCUUCGAUACAAAAUAUAUCGCCACCCAUCUUACGCCUUGCAACACCUUCGGCAGGACGGCUCUGCAUGCAUUAAGAAAUCAUAUGUUGGCAAUCCCUGAUCUAAAUUGUUGUUUUGUUGUUGAUGAUCAUCGCAAGUCUUCCUUUGAUUUCUCCUUUAAGGAAUUGAAUGUCCCUCAUGAGCUGCCUGACUCGCGGAGCCACGAGGCAGGGUUUGAUGCCCUGGCGACAGCACAGGAAGGAAAAGACGUCAUUGGUGUUGCUGGUGUACACCCUGGUUAUCUGCAGCUGCAGCAGUACCUCCAAGAGGAGGACAGCAGCAGCAGCAACGGCAGCAGCAGCAGCAACGGCAGCAGCAGCAGCAACGGCAGCAAUGAUACAGCUGGGGAGACGCAGGCAGCCAAACGAAGCAAAAAAGAGAAAAAUCUCAGCGCGUCUGCAGCAGGAGUCCCUGCUGCUGCAGUUGCGUCUGCUGCUGCUGCUGCUGCUCCAACUGCUGCUGCAGCAGAAGCAGCAACAGCAACAGCAGCAGUAGCAAAGGGACAAGAUUCGGAGCCGCGACGCACAGCGCGCGCUAACCGUAAACGGACGUGA